AUGGCGGCCCAGAAGUCGGUCCUCAUCACGGGCUGCAGCCUCGGCGGCAUUGGCGAUGCGCUGGCGCGCGAGUUCCACAAGCGCGGCCUGCAGGUGUUUGCGACGGCGCGCAACACGGCCAAGAUGAGCGAGCUCAAGGCGCUCGGCAUCACGACGCUCGAGAUGGACGUCACGUCGCCAGAGUCCAUCAAGGCGGCGGUCGCGCACGUCGCGACCGCGUCCGGCGGCAGGCUCGACAUCCUCGUCAACAACGCGGGCCUCAACCACGUCAUGCCCUUUGCCGACUGCGACUUGGCCGACGUCAAGCGCGUCCUCGACACAAACAUCUUUGGCGUGUUUGCAGUGACCCAUGCGCUGCUGCCCCAUCUCAGGGCCGCCGGCGGCGUCGUGGCCAACAUCAGCUCCGUCAACACGGUGCUCCACCCGCCGUACCAGACGGCGUACAACGCGUCCAAGGCCGCCAUCAACACUCUGGGCGACACGCUGCGCGUUGAGCUGGCGCCGCUGGGCGUCCGUGUGGUAACAAUCGUGACCGGCUCCGUGGCCUCGCACCUGUUUGACAACGCCGACGAGCGCUGCCACCUGCCCGAGGGAAGUGUGUACGCGCCGCUCAAGGAGCGCAUCGAGAAGAAGGACUUUCUAGACGGCAUUCACUGGACGCCCACCAAUGACUAUGCGCGUCAGGUGGCCUCGGAUCUGCUGCGCACGUCGCCCCAACCGGUGCUCUGGCGUGCAACCUUUGCGACGAUGGCUUGGAUCCUCAACACCUUUGGCUGGACCGGGAUGCUGGACUCUCCCAUGUCCAAACGAGUUGGCCUGGACAAGUUGAAACCACCAGUCGUCCAGUAA